AUGAGCGGUCCACUGAAUGCGACCGAGGGCUGUCUGGAGUUCUGGUUCUUGAACUCUGUCACCACAAAUGCGUCUGGUCUUCGGGCUCUACUCUACAACAGCAGUGGUCCACAGGUGAUGUGGACUUCACCUGCAGUGGCCUUGGAAGUGUGGAGACUGGCCCUGGUGCCCAUUACAAUCACUGAACCGGGGACUGAGGUCGUACUUGAAGCAGUGCUGGCCCAGUCGAACUCCAGCCAGGUCACAUUCAAUCAGAUUGGCAUAAGAAGCAGCGUCUGUGGGCAACAGUGUGAAUCCAACACUGAGUUCUGGACCGACCUCUCCACCCACUGCUUCUGCUCUGAUGGCCAGCUCCACUGUUUUCCCUCGAAUCCGGAAGGUGGAAUCUUCCAGUCCGACACCAUGACCAUAUACCGCGACGAGGGCGGGAGCACUUUUGAUGGAGAGGUCUUUCGCUUCACGCAACCUUGCACCUACACUCUGGCGAAAAGCUGUGCCCAGGAAAAAUCUGUGUUCCGUGUGGAGGUUAUCGUUGCUCAAGAGAUGACAUUGCCGACAACUGUUCAACAGGUGGUUGUGUACACAGUGAGUGACACGAUUUCCCUGCAUAGAAACGAGACGCAGCAGGCUGUGGUCAAUGGAGAAUUGAGGAAACUGCCUCUGAGCCUCCACAACGGUGCCAUCACGAUCAGGUGUAAUCUGGUGGCCCUGGAAAUACUAACCAGCUUUGGUCUCUCCGUUGUAUAUGACGUGACUGGAUCGGUGGAUCUCAUAGUACCGCCCGGUCACUCCAACAAAGUCUGCGGCCCGUGCAGCAGCAACCUCGGCGAGGAUGACAACAUUGAUGGUUCAGAUAUCUCUUUGGAUCGAUCGGAAAGUUUCCACAACUGCAAGAGUGAACCAGUGCCGAAUCAGUGUGACCCACCAGCUAAAGCUUUAUACGGCAGUGUCUUGUAUUGUGGAGGAAUCCAAUCGAAGACCGGACCCUUCGCAGCCUGCCGUUCAAUCCUAGCGGUGGAGAGUUACUUCCGCAAGUGUGUGGCAGACAUGUGCGCCACACAUGGAGACCCCAGGGCGAUGUGUGAGAUAUUCCAGUUCUACGCUGACAUCUGCCAGGAAGGUGGAAUCCCUGUGUUAAAAUGGAGAAACUCAACAUUGUGCGCACAGCAGCCAACUGACCCAAAAUUCCCAACCCAAACUGCAGCCAAACCUUUCAGCAUGGAGGCGAUCACCACAAAAGAUCAAAGGAAAGAGCAAGACUUCCACGUCAUACAACACCACAAUCUUCAGUUGGAGAGCAAGAAACGCAGCGUCCAGCAAGAACACGUUGGUCAAAGACAACUGGAGGACAGCGUCCAACCACAGUUCAAGUGGCACUUUCAAGCCAGACACCAGAACAUUUAUCAAACAGUUUCCGAGAACCACCCACUCACAGCCACCAACUACGACUCAAUGGAGCAUGAAGGCAGACGAUUCAGAUCCAACAGAACCCAACAUGAAAACACCACUUGCUCCAGUUCACACCGCUAUUACAACUACAGUGAAACCAGACGCAAACACAGGAGCAAGACUUCCACGUCAUACAACACCACAAUCUUCAGUUGGAGAGCAAGAAACGCAGCGUCCAGUCACAGCAAGAACACGUUGGUCAAGGACAACUGGAGGACAGCGUCCAACCACAGUUCAAGUGGCACUUUCAAGCCAGACACCAGAACAUUUAUCAAAGGAGUUUACUACAAAACCUUUGAUGCAAUGAUGAGUCAUUUCGAAGGCGAGGACUCCAACGUGCUGGUCCAGACCAAAGAUCUCCCGCCGGAGCUUCCUCAUGUUUACAUUGAAAAAAUAAACUAUGGCGUAGACAGCAGCGAGAAGGACAUGGAUGGUCCACUUCUUGCAGUACACGAUCGCUUCACUGGAUGUAGCGAUGACGACAGUCAAUCCAAAGAUAGGAAAAAGGAUGACUCAGAUGAAGGAGGCAGUGAGAAAAGUAAAUCUGAAGAUAGUAAGGAGGAUGAGCGACAUCAUGAUAGAGAAAGAAAGAAGAGAGGCAAAGAGAAACAACCUGGUGACUUUGAGGGUGGCACAGAUGAAGUGACAUCCGAUGACAACGAAAUGUGUGGCAAACAAGAUGGCUGUCGCAGCAAAGAAAUUAAAUCAAAUAAGGGACGAGAACGUAAAUCCAAAGAUCAUAAAAAGGAUGAGUCAGGCGAAAGAAGCAGUGAUGGAGACAGUGAAGAGGAAGAGAGACACCGGCGAGAAGAUGAUGGAAGUAGUAGUGAUGGUAGCAAAUCCAGACAGAAGGAUAAGAAAAAGAAAAACCUCAGAAAAUGUGAUGACUCAGAGAGAACUAGUAGUGAUGGGAGCAAAUCCAAAGAUGGUGAAAAGGAAGAGUCAAGUGAAAAAAGCAGUGACCAGGGGAAAUCUGAAGAUAGUGAAGAGGAAGAGCGACAUCGACAAGGAGAUUGUGAUGAUGAUGAUGAUGAUGACGACGACGAUGAUGACGACGACGACGAUGAUGACAACGACGACGACGAUGACGAUGAUGAUGAUGAUGAUGAUGAUGAUGAUGAUGACGAUGACGAUGACGAUGAUGAUGACGACGACGACGACGAAGAAAGUAAGGAUGAGGAAAAGCCCAAAGAUGACGGAAGUAAGUCUGAAGAGCAAUGGAAUGGGAAAGUACAAGAGCUGAAAAUCAGAGUCUACAACCACACAGUGGAGUUCAAGAGGAAGCUAGAGCUGCUUGUGGAUGGCACGAUCACUAAGACACCAGCGUCACCAUCACUGGGUCUCCACAUCAGAAGCUCCUGUGCUAAGAUGUAUCUGGAAACUGACUUUGGCCUGUCAGUGGAGUUCAAUCCGUAUUGGACAACAGUGAUAACUCUACCCAGCGUAUACAUGGGAAAGGUGGAAGGUCUUUGUGGGAAUUUGGACAGCAUAAUGUGGAAUGACCAGGUGAACCCAGCUGGGUUGGGCGAAUAAAGGCAUGGGCGAAGCAAACAGCAGACCGGACUUCCUCAAGAUGCCAAGAAAUACAUUUGGGAAUCAAAAUGAAGAGCAAUAGUUUGUGUUUGAGACAAGCCUCACGUUGUUCUGCGGUGAUCAAUGAUUCACUAUUUACCUACACCGUGGGUCCCAGACUGACUCCCUGAAUCCUCUGUCUUUACCCUCAACCUUGGCCCUCAAAACCAAAGUUAA